CGGCGGCGGCGGCCUGGCCCGGGAUGGCGAUGUUCCGCAGCCUGGUGGCCUCGGCGCAGCAGCGGCAGCCGCCGGCCGGGCCCGCGGGCGGCGACAGCGGCCUGGAGGCGCAGUUCAGCUGCCCCAUCUGCCUGGAGGUGUACCACCGGCCCGUGGCCAUCGGCGGCUGCGGCCACACGUUCUGUGGGGAGUGCCUCCAGCCGUGCCUGCAGGUGCCAUCCCCCCUAUGCCCGCUCUGCCGCCUGCCCUUUGACCCAAAGAAAGUGGACAAGGCUGCACAUGUGGAGAAGCAGCUGUCCUCCUACAAGGCACCUUGCCGGGGCUGCCACAAAAAGGUCACCCUGGCGAAGAUGAGAGUGCACAUUUCCUCCUGCCUGAAGGUCCAGGAGCAGAUGGCCAACUGCCCCAAGUUCGUCCCUGUGGUACCCACGUCCCAGCCCAUCCCCAGCAACAUCCCAAACAGGUCUACCUUCGCCUGCCCCUACUGCGGCGCCCGCAACCUGGACCAGCAGGAGUUGGUGAAGCACUGUGUUGAGAGCCACCGCAGUGACCCCCACCGUGUGUGGAGGUCGAGUUCCCUGUGGGAAGCCCUGGCCACACACUGGCCCCUUUGUUCCAGGUGUGCCCCAUCUGCUCCGCCAUGCCCUGGGGCGACCCCAGCUACAAGAGCGCCAACUUCCUCCAGCACCUGCUGCACCGGCACAAGUUUUCCUAUGACACCUUCGUGGACUACAGCAUCGAUGAAGAAGCUGCCUUCCAGGCCGCCCUGGCUCUGUCCCUCUCUGAGAACUGAAGGUGCAGCCAGCCACCUGCCCCUAGCCUGGGGUCCAGGACGCCCUCCCGCCUCAAGGAACAGGGCUGUUGCCCUCCUGCCCCCACACCUGCCCAGGAGCACACCUCACCGGGCCAAGUGGGAUCUCCUGCACGAGGAGGGCUCAUCCAAGAGCCUCUAGGGCUGGACCUGGCUGGCUACCCCUUGCCAUCAGCAGGGCUGCCUGGGUCCUGGCCAGCUGCGCUGGGCAUUCGGUGCUUUGAGGGGCAGGUGCUGCCAUCUGGGACUUAGAGCAGUCGCUGUCUCUUCCAAGCCACGAUGUCCUCCUUGCUGGGAAACACGGGGUGCCCUGAGGUGUGCGGCUGCAGGAACGGGGAGGAGGAGCCCGGCCGCCUGCCUGGCAUCCAGCAGGAACGGGGAGGAGGAGCCCCGCCGCCCGUCGGGCAUCCAGCUCGCUUCCACAUACGCACCUGGUACUGGCUUUUGUGAUACUUAGAACCCCAGCGUUUUUCUAUCUUAUCCCAUGUGAUAAUCUUUUCACGUUUUAUAGAGCAAAGACGAAGCAGUUACCUUCAUAUUGCAAUAUCUGUGUUUGACUAGCAAGAAUAGUAUUUUUAUGGAACAUUUACAAAAUUAUAUUUUUAAAAAAAAAGAUUAAAAAAAAACGUGUAAGGGAUCAGUGUGUGGAGUGCAGGAGCAGUGGGUGCUGGGAACCAGAGGCAGCUGGUGUCCCCUGCGAGGGAACCGAGGUGGCAAACCCAGGCUGCUGCCAGCGGGGGCUCUGGCUUGUGGUUUAUUUGGCGAUAACCAGGAGAAGACACCGCUCCCUCCCUGACUGCCUGCCGAGGCUAUGCCUACAGACGCAGGGUGGCCCGUGCAGUGUGGGGGCUUCCUCUGCCCGGUCCUGGCCUCGGCCCAGAGUCACCUUCCAGAGCAGACCGCAUCCUUCCCAGGCAGAGACUGCAUCCGACAGUGGCAGAGCGUGGGGGGCCACCAGUGGCCUGCUGGGAGCUGGGUCACGCCAGAAAACACCUGUUGGCUCUCCUGUUGUGUCCAUGGCAUAAAUUAUUGCUGUCUUUUCAAAAAAAAUUAAAUGUUUCUGAGCAUCUGCA